UAAAAAUGGGUGAUCUUGCAGGCCUUCUACAUGGUGCCCCCUUUUGUAGAGCAUCGAGAAAGAGCCCUACAUGAAUCCUUUAUAACCCACACGUCAAGCCCAGUGCUGUCAUUCUAAAUCACCCACUACAACAUUUUCAUCAUGGCUCAUACACCUUCGUUUGGUCUCCAGAAUGUCGUAGGCAAUGUCUGGCCCCAGAGAUUGCUUCGCAUCAAGGACAUGACCUCGUAUGAACUGCACCUCGAUGGAAAUAACGCCUACUACAGAAAGAAAGACAAGAAUCCGAAGUACGCCAUCAUAUCUUACACUUGGGGCCGCUUCCGCGCUGAUGGGAGAGGGAAGUCUCCCAUAAAUUCGAAAGCCGAGGCCAUAUCUGUCAACAACAUCAAAUGGAAGAUCCCUGCAAUUGACCCGGAACAGGGAUUUACCAGUCACAAUUUUAAACGAACUCUUGAAGUCGUGGCCGGCAGCUACGACUACGUGUGGGUAGAUGUUGCUUGUAUCAACCAAGUCAACGACACAUAUAACCAGAUUGGCUGUCAAGCCUCCAUUUUCAACAGAGCAUCGGCGUCGUUCAUCUGGCUCCAUCAGCAAGGAUCGGAAAGUGGGAUGACACUGGACGUGCUUGUGAAAGCCCUCGUCAACACGACACAAUCCAACAAUAUCGACUACAAUGACAUGUCCUACGCCCAAAAGAAUGCGUCGUUGAGCCGAUGGCACGAGUUGGAGUAUCGCUUCUGCAGCCUACUACAUGACCCAUGGUUCUCUUCAAUGUGGACUCUGCAAGAAGCAUUCAUUCGCAAAGACUCAGUAAUCCUCACCGGACCUGGCAACACCACUCGAGUGGAAUUCAAUGGCAAGCAGGUCACCCUUACACUUCAAGUCUUGCUCGAUGUGUGCCAUUCCUACCUCAGCCUCGGGGGUUCCAACGCGAACAUUGCCCGACCGGUGGAAACAGCUGGGCUCGACCUACUUAUUGCGCGCAAUCCUCUCGUUCUUCUUCGUGCGGCACGUCAUCGACAGGCAAAGAUGUCGCAAGAUCGACUCGCUGGCGUCCAGCGACUUUUUGGCGUGGACGUUGGGAAGCCAAACGCAACUCCCGCAGAGAUGGAAAAGAUCUGUUCUCUGGAGAUCAACAAGAGGUGCCCGGCACUUGCUCAAGCUUUUAUUCAUCCGUAUGAAGGAUCUGAUGGCUCUCCAAGUUGGCAAGCCAAACUCGGUAUAUCUGUGGACCCAAAGGUACAUUCUUUGGGUAGAACAGCUCGCAUCGACGAUACCAUGAUCGUGCCACCAGACUUUACUUGCGCAGUAGAGGUUGCUGCCGGUUACCGAGGGCGAAUGUUUGUCGACCGAAACAACAAUUUAAGCUGGGAGGGAUCCAGUUUCCCUCUUGAGCGUCUGUGGUCCAUGUGGAGACAGCAUGAACAACAUCGCAUCCCUCCUGGCUUAGAGGAAGGGGAAUUCGUGGGACCAAACGGCUCCCCCGGCGGGAAGAACAAGCCGUUUGAAAAUUCUUUCGACUGCUCAAUUUACCUCGACUCUCUGAGGUGGCUUUCAGACAGGCCAGCUAUCAACGUGCUGCCGGCAAAUUUCAUGCAGUACGCCUGGCCACUGUCCACCGUCUACGAUCUGUGCAGAAAACGACCAAAGAAAGUCACGGUGCUUGUUCUUGGAAAAAUACAGACUCUCAUACGCAAUAAGAUAGCCGAGGCUUGGGUUGGCUUGCUCGUUAAGCAGCAUCCGCAGUUCAAUGUUCGACAGAGGAUUGGAUUCUGUACCUGGAAAGGACAAAUGAAUAACGCUAAUCCUGAUCGCUGCGGUCUUGCUUGAGGAUUCAUGGGACAUUUGUGUGGUUUAACUGGAGGUUUCGAGUUAGGAUACUGAACUUGUUGUAUUUUAUCAGGAGUAGUUAAUGUGAAUUGGCUCGGUUAUACGUUUUGUUGGAUUAAUCACCUGAGCCAAAACAAUAGUGUACACCCGAUAUUACUGUAGCUGGGGUCAAUUAGGUCCAUAAUCCAAC